UAUUUUUGACAGACAAAAACAAAAAUAUCGUCAUUUUUAUUUAUUCUUUUUAUUUUGGAGUGCCAAUAAAAUGAAUUUUGAAAAUUCCGAUGAUGAUAUUGUGUCAGUCGAAUUCGACUUCAGGGGGGAUGCAGCACCAACAGCCAUGGAACCCUAUUGUGAUGAUGUGAUAAGCGAUUGGCAACAAAGUAUAAUAAACGAGCUGAGAAUAAAUCUUUGUCGUGAGGAUUUAAUAUACCUAAAUAACCAUAAAGAAGUAGAAGCGAUAGUGUCUCUCUUGCUCAAUGACAUCUUAAAAAAUACACCGAAGAAUCCAUACGUACACGCUGCCAGUUACUUGAAAAAUCCACAGACUGCUAAACUUGUGGCUAACUUCAAUAGGUCCGAGGAUCUUCAGUUUGAGGACAUUUUUAAAAGGGAUUGUCAGCAAUAUGCGACAGCGGCAGCGGCAGCGACAAUAGCUGAUAUUGAACAAGUCAAGUCGACGGUCAGUAUGUACGAACAAACUGAGCUUUUGGAAAAUGACGAGACAGAUGUGAUGGCGGAAAAAUAUAACUUAGUGGCAUGGGAUGGAGAGACAUGUGUGCUGACGGAAGAAGAAACAGAUAACAUGACGGUUUCCCAAAAAGAGUGAUGAACGUGUUUAUUUGUUGGCCAUUAGUAAUUUAACGAUAUACUACAAUAUAAUUAUUGGAUGAAAUAGCCAAAU